CUACCAUCUCCACUAUUAGCCUUUUCUCUUUCCACAAGUGCCUCCAACAUUGGGCCUAGCACAUUAUCACAUUAGGAGGGUUUCCAAAAAAAGCCGGCGUUUACAUUUGAAUCUGCUCCUCUUUUGGCACGUUUUGCAAUGUUGAAAUUGUUUUUUUUCAUUGUUCUCGCCGGGGCUGCCCGGGCGAGUGAUGUGAUAGAAUUCUCUGAUGAUGAUUUCGACAGUAAAAUUGGAGAUCACGGGAUGAUUCUAGUGGAAUUCUUUGCGCCAUGGUGUGGCCAUUGUAAACGGCUAGCUCCGGAGUUUGAGGUGGCAGCAACACGUCUGAAAGGCAUUGUCGCAUUGGCCAAGGUCGACUGCACGGUCCAAAACAAUGUGUGCCAGAAGUACGGAGUUAGCGGUUACCCAACACUGAAGAUCUUCAAAGACGGAGAGGAUGCCGGUGCCUACGAUGGGCUCAGAACUGCAGAUGGGAUUGUGAGCCAUCUAAAGAAGCAGGCUGGCCCAUCUUCCGUAGAGCUCAAGACCGAGGCAGAUUUGACGAAGUAUGUCGGAGACCGUGACGCAAGUGUUGUGGGUUUCUUUGCUGACGGUGGAAGCCCAGCCCAAGCAGAGUUCCUUAAGUCGGCCAGUGCCCUCCGAGAGUCCUUCCGCUUUGCACACACCAACUCUGGGGAGCUUCUCCAGAAGCAUGGCGUGGAGGGAGAGGGAAUCAUUCUGUUCCGUCCAGCACGCCUCAGCAACAAAUUUGAAGAGAGCAGUAUCAAGUUCAGUGAGGACAAGUUCACCAAUGCCAUAAUCAAGAAGUUUGUCCAGGACAACAUCUUUGGAAUGUGCCCCCACAUGACUGAUGACAAUAAGGACCAAAUGAAGGACAAGGACCUGCUGGUGGCCUACUAUGAUGUGGACUAUGAGAAGAACCCCAAAGGCUCCAACUACUGGAGGAACCGGGUAAUGAAGGUGGCAAAGAGCUUCCUGGACCAGGGGAAAACGCUGAACUUUGCCGUGGCCAGCAAGAACAGCUUCAGCCACGACAUCUCUGAGAUGGGCCUGGACGCCAGCUCCGGAGAGCUACCCGUGGUCGGCAUCCGCACUUCCAAGGGAGACAAAUACGUCAUGGCUGAGGAGUUCUCACGUGACGGCAAGGCCCUGGAGCGUUUCCUGCAGGACUACUUUGACGGCAAGCUGAAGCGUUACCUCAAGUCUGAGCCCAGUCCUGAGAACAAUGACGGCCCCGUCAAGACUGUGGUGGCUGAGAACUUUGACGCCAUUGUGAACAACGAGGAAAAGGACGUGCUGAUUGAGUUCUACGCCCCAUGGUGCGGCCACUGCAAGAGCCUGGAGCCCAAGUGGAAAGAGCUGGGAGAGAAGCUGUCCAGUGAUCCCAACAUUGUCAUCGCAAAGAUGGACGCCACAGCCAAUGACGUCCCAUCUCAAUACGAAGUCAGGGGAUUCCCCACCAUCUUCUUUGCUCCAGCUGGACAGAAAAUGAGCCCAAAGAAAUAUGAGGGUGCUCGCGAGGUCAGUGAUUUUAUCUCCUACCUGAAGAGGGAGGCCACCAACCCUCUGGUGGCUCAAGAAGAGAAGUCCAAGAAGAAGCAGACCGAGCUAUAGAAGCUCAACUGGAGCCAACAUUCCGAGGCGGGAAACACUGAUGGAACUAAAAUUAUAUUCCAAUUUUUAGUGAACUACAGAAUGCUCUGAACCCUCCCUUGGGUCCUGCUGCUCUGGGAACACUGGAAGGUGGUGGUGGUGGCCAGGGCCUGCCUGAUUUUAAAAUGUAUGGAAAGAGACAGUUUUGAAAUUGAGAUUUAUUUCCCCUGGUCUGUCCCUCUGAUGCACUUUGGUUUGAGACCAAUUUCCAGUCAUCUAUUGUUUAGUUUUUUCUGAAAGUGGGGUGGUUAUGGUAGUUUUAUUUUUAACCACGUUUUUGUACAUUUUGGAAGUUUUGGGAAUAAAAGGCCCACAAAACAAAA